AUGAUGGAGAAAGGACCCUUCGCUCUUGGGUGGAAGUUGCCAUACUUAGCAGUUUUCAUCCUCGGCUCUAAUUUGCUCUCGGCCCAAGCUCAGGCCACCAAAUAUAACCUCCCCGUUUUCAUGAACCCCUCAAAUGCCAUAGAAGGGCAGGGAAUCAAUUUAACCGUCCGUUCUGCCCCGGCUGCCUUCUUUAUUUGCAAUUGGUAUCGAGGAGGGAGUGAUAGCAAGCGAAAUUUGAUCGUCACUCUCUACCUGCCUCCGUUAAGCGGAUACGACUUUGGACCUGCCUACACCGGGCGAGAAACGCCAGGCCCCAACUGCUCUCUCCACAUUGAAAACCUAAGCCAGGAUGACUCUGGAACCUACACAGUGACCCAAGAUGGAUCUUCGGUCCACGGAAGAGGAGACAUCAGCAUGGAGGUUAUAGCUCCGGGCCUAUUGCCCAAGCCUAGCAUGUCCAUCAUCCAGCUUUUCCGAGAGAGUAUAGAUUCAGUGCAUCUCAAAUGCGACACGACCGUGAGAUUUGCAAAUAUCAGCUGGCUACAGAAUGGGAAACCCCUCAACUCCUGCCGUCGGAUCCAGCUGUCCAAUAAUAACCAGACCCUCACCAUACAGCCGGUUCUCCGUCGUGACACCGGCGCAUAUCAGUGUCAUAUUUCCAACCCCUUGUCCACUCAGAGGAGCGACACCACCACCAUUUCUGUGAUCUAUGGCCCAGACACCCCUGUGAUCAAGAUGACCGCCAUGUUCCUCACCCAGCGCUCCAACCGCCGGCUGAACUGCAGAGCCAGCUCGUUCCCAGAAGCCGAGUAUCGUUGGUUCCAGAACGGGAAGGAAUUCAGCAAGAACGCGGAAGUUCUCCUCAAGAACAUCCAGUCAGGGACGUAUACUUGCCAGGCCACCAACCCUUUCACCCAGCAGAAGGAAAACACCACUUUGGAAAUUGAAUAG